AUGCCUCCCCACCGCCACCGUAUCCUCCUCGUGCCAUUCCCUAUACAAGGCCACCUCAACCCAGCCUUCGAACUCGCAAAACGACUCAUCACUUUAGGUGCACACGUUACUAUCUCUACCACCACACACAUGCACAACCGUAUCACUAACAAACCUACCUUCCCUAACCUCUCUUACCUCCCUUUCUCCGACGGUUACGACGACGGCUUUAAAGGCACAACAACCGAAGAUUACUUACUCUUCCACGCAGAGUUCAAACGCCGCGGCUCUGAGUUUGUCGCAAAUACCUUACUCUCUAACUCACAACAAGGUACUCCUUUCACUUGCUUAGUUCACUCCCUUCUCCUUGAAUGGGUCGCACAAGCCGCGCGUGGGUUUCACCUCCCAACGGCUCUGCUCUGGGUUCAGCCAGCCACCGUGUUCGACAUCUUAUAUUACUACUUUCACGGUUUCUCGGAUUCCAUCAAAAACCCCUCACGUUCCAUUGAAUUACCAGGAUUGCCACUGUUGCUUUCAUCACGUGAUUUACCUUCGUUUCUGUUGGAGUCAUGUCCCAGUGCUCAGACUUUGAUGCUUUCAUUAUUUGAGCAACAGUUCAAGGAGCUUGAUAUUGAAACAAACCCUAUAACGAUACUUGUUAAUUCCUUUGAAGCUUUGGAACCAGAUGCACUGAGAGCCGUCGAUCAUUUAAAUAUGAUUUCCAUCGGACCGUUGAUUCCUUCUGCAUUUUUAGAUGAGAAAGAUCCAACGGCUAAUACUUCAUUUGGAGGUCAGACUCAUAUCUUCCAACCUUCAAACGAUUAUGUUGAAUGGUUGGACUCUGAGACAGAGAAAUCGGUUGUUUAUGUUUCGUUUGGUAGUAUGAGUGUGUUAUCAAAGAAACAAACGGAGGAAAUUGCACGUGCUUUGUUGGAUUGCGGAUUUCCAUUCUUGUGGGUGAUUAGGGAGGGGAAAGAAGGAGAGAAGGAGGAAGAGUUGAGUUGUAGAGAGGAGUUGGAAGAGAAAGGGAAGAUAGUGAAAUGGUGUUCACAAGUGGAGGUUCUUUCACAUCCUUCAUUGGGUUGUUUUUUGACUCACUGUGGUUGGAAUUCGAGUCUGGAGAGCUUGGUGUCAGGGGUUCCUAUGGUGGCGUUUCCUCAGUGGACAGAUCAGAUGACAAAUGCAAAGUUGGUUGAAGAUGUGUGGAAGACAGGGGUGAGGGUGGAUCAUGAAGUGAAGGUGGAUGGAGUUGUGGGAGGGGAUGGUAUUAGGAGGUGUUUGGAAGUGGUGAUGGGGAGUGGAGAGAAAGGAAAAGAAUUGAGAAGGAAUGCAGAGAAAUGGAAGAGAUUGGCUAGAGAGGCGGUCAAAGAAGGUGGCUCUUCGCAUAAGAAUGUAAGGAGUUUUUUGGAUUGGGUUGGAGAACGCAUGCAUGCAUGUGUGGUUGAAAAGUGA